AUGUAUCCACCACGUCGAGGCGGACUACCUGCAAGAGGUUAUGUUGGACGAGUGACCCCUGCUCUCUCUAGGGCUGGUAAUUCGUGUGCACCGCCGGGAUUCCCUCUUCGUAGCAUCACCGAGCUCUUGCAGGCGCCUGCACGACGAAACCAGCCGACUCUCCAUCCCGAGAAGAGAGAUGGCGCACUUUGGAUCUCAUCGACAAUGAGGUCAACUAUGAUAUCAAAAAUGCUUUUACGAAUGAUUUUGAUGGUCCUUGGUGGAAUCUUGCAAAAGUAUUAUUGGGAUCCAGAUCAUCAUACCUUGGUGAAGACUCUCUGGACUAAACAGCUCCGAAGAAUGAUCUCGAACAACAUCAGCAAGGGGAAGAGACAAAAUAAAAAGCCAAAAUUUGUCUCUGACAUCAAUUGGAACUUGAUGUGGCAACACUGGGAUACUCCACAAGCUGUUCAUAUUAGCACUAUAAACUCUCAGAACCGGAAAUCUGACCGUGGUGGAGAUGGGAUUCAUCAACACAUUUCUGGUUCAAAAUCGUAUGCCAAGGUCAAAUAUGAUAUGAUGAUGGAGUUGGGUGAGGAGCCAUCAAUCACAGACUUAGUGCGGAAGACGCACAUGAAGCUUGAUGGAACUUUUGCUGACAAACGUGCAAAGAUGAUUGUUGAUGAAGUUGAGUCGAUUGUUGUUUCCCAGCAAUUGAACAACAAUGAACAUGUUGAGGUUGGCAGCCAAGAGACGAACUCACACACACCAAUUACACCACUUAUGCGAGAUGAGGCUUUUUAUUCGAUAGUCAAACCAUAUAAAGGAAGGGUGUUUGGACUUGGAUCUGCUCAGAUGGAGAGUUAUGAUCCCAUUGAUCCACCAUCUCUUGUUCUUCCUCGUCAAGCUCGUUAUGAGCGGGACCUGUUCAAUUUGACUGGAGUUGUCAACCUAAUGAGCCAGCAAAUUAGUGCUUUGUGUGAAGCUAGAGGAGUCAGAGUUCCACAUGUGACUGAGCAGCCACCUCAUCCAUCACAGCCGCCACACUCUCAAACAUCUCCAAGUGAAGCAGCUGCUACUCCUGCUUCGACAGUUCCUUCUUUAUCUUGA